UCAACACAAUAUUAAGAUGUCAUGUUGGGGUGAAACCAGAUCAGGAGCUGUAUGUAGGACAGAAGAAUGUCCUUGGAGAAUUUAUGCUUCAUUGGAAAGCUCCAUGAGCAAAUGGAUGGUAAAAGUGUUUCAUCCACAUCACAGCCACAUUGCAAAAGAUCGUGCAGAUAUGGUUUCGAUGAGGCAUAUUGCUGAGUUAUUUUGUGAUGUUCUUAGACGGAACCCAUCUUAUAAGGCCGCUGACAUUCAACAUGAUAUGAAGACAGAGUAUCAGCUGACAGUCCCGAUCAGUAAAUGUUUCAAGGCAAGGCGCAUUGCAUUGGAUAUGGUAAUGCAAGAUCAGGUGGUGCAAUUUGCAAAGCUGUGGGAUUACGAGCAUGAGCUCCGAAGGUCUAACCCUAACACAACCACUGAAAUUGUCAUUGAUAAUGGGUUAUUUAACAAAUUCUACAUAUGCUUUGAAGUGCUACGCAAUUCGUGGAAGAAAUCUUGUCGACCAGUCAUUGGACUUGAUGGAUGUUUUCUAAAGUGGGAGCUAAAAGGAGAACUACUUGCAGCGGUUGGUCGGGAUGCCGAUAAUCGUAUUUUUCCUAUUGCAUGGGCUGUUGUACAUAUGGAGACAAUAGACAGCUGGACUUGGUUUGUUCAGAAACUAAAAGCUGAUUUAUCCUUGGGAGAUGGCCAAAACAUCACCAUAUUGUCUGACAAACAGAAGGAUUUGUUGAAUGCAAUUCAUCAUGAAUUACCACGUGCGGAGCAUCGAAUGUGUGCUCGACAUAUAUAUGAUAACUGGAAGAAGUCAUUCAAGAGUCUAGAACUGAAGUGCCUAUUUUGGAGAAUUGCAACAAGUUUCCAUCAAGGAAUGUAUGCGGAACACAUGGGUACAUUGGCUUCUAAAGAUCCUGAUGCAUAUGAAGCGUUGCUCCGAACUGAGCCAACACAAUGGUGUAGAGCUUUUUUCAAGGUAGAUUCACAUUGUAAGGAUGUGCAUAACAACUUAUCGGAGAGUUUCAACCGAACUAUCAAAGAGGCAAGGCUGAGACCAAUGAUUGACAUGCUUGAAGAAAUCCGUAGACAAACAAUGUUACGGAUUGCAAAGAGAUCGGUUCAGGCAACCAAGUGUGUUACAGAGUUCACUCCAAAAAUAAUGGCGGAGUUGGAAGAGGCUCGGGGAAAGUCAAGGCAUUGCAUGAUGAUACCUAGUGGUCGAGGCAAAUACGAGGUAAUGGAAUUCGGGGUUAGUUUUUCUGUUGACCUGUAUGCCAAGAGUUGCGCAUGUCGUAGAUGGGACUUGACGGGUGUACCGUGUCAGCAUGCCAUUACAGUGAUCAAUGAGAUGAGAUAUGAUCUUCCAAGAUAUGUGGCUGAAUAUUAUUCCAAAUCAACAUGGGAGGAGACAUAUACACGUAAUAUUGAUCCGGUUAAUGGAGAACCAAUGUGGGAAAAAUUGGGCAAAGAUCCAAUCGGUGUACCUAAUUUUAGAAGAAUGCCAGGCCGCCCGACAAAGUUCCACCGACGAAAAGAUCCUCAUGAAAGUCCAAAAAAGGCUGGACACAUGACACGCCAUGGUCGACAAAUGACAUGCGGUAGAUGUAGGCAAGUUGGACAUAAUGCUGCCGGUUGUAAGAAUGAACCCGUUCUUGUGUAUGGACCAAAGAGGAAGAGGGGCCGACCAAGAAAAGAUGUUCAAGCUCAGAAUCCAAGGAAUCAAGUUCAGAAUGAAAGAGUUCAGGUUCAGGAAACGCAGACAAAUAAUACAUCACAAAAUUCAGGUACCCUAGACCCAACUCAACCAACUCAAAGAAGUCAGACUGUGCAGACACAACAACAGAGGCCGCCUACACACCGUCGUAUACUGGGCAAUACGCGUACACCGCAAUUCGGCCCGAGAACAACACUUACCAACACAUCGUUCCAAGUCCCAUGGAAGUAAUCAAGACCCAACACACCAACAUAGUCAUGUCUGCUUUUUUUUUUUGCUAUCCUGUGAUUUGCUCGAACCGUUUUGGUGGUCAUCGUUAUGUUUGUUAUUUUUUUGUUAUGGUCGAGCAUACUUUAGCAGGUUUAUGUUGGUAUGUGUUUUGGUUAGGCAGACUUCAUGUAUUUUGGCUAAUCCUAAA